UAUGUGAUGUGAUGACUGGGCUGGAGCAAUGGGCCAUACAACGACGAGCCACCGUCUACUAGGAGGUACCUUCGGGAGCGCAUGUGCGGUGCGGCGAGGUGAGGAUAUAAGCGCACUCACAUGCACUUCUGUUGUUCCUCUUCGGGACGUCUCCUCAGGGUGUUGUUCUGUUGGUCAAGCACUACCUCACUUACUACUUUUUACUACCUACUACUUUGUGCUUCCUCCCAGCAACCCAUGUCCCCAUCGGCUGCCCGCAACAGUCGCAACUAACACGCCCGCUGCUCGCCAAAUUGCUUACUGAACUGCCUCCUGCACGCUAGCUCUAGCGCGAGCUCCCGACGAUUUCGAUCUCCUUCAGUCCGCUCCCGCUCCAGGCACCGCUCUCCGCCCCAGCGGACUGCCCCAGUGCCCCACGGGCGCUUUCUCCACCCUCCUCACCCUGGCCCCGGGGAAGCCGCCACUCAAGGAGCUCCCACCUAUCCGUCCAUAGACGAACGAAUCAGCGAAAGUAAAAGAAGAGAUUCUGCAACAAUGGCGGAGCGAUCACACGAAAACGCCAAAGAUGCAACGCAGGCCUACUCCAAGGAAGAGCAAGCUCCUUUGGCCAACGACAAGAACCCGCAGUCGAAGCCAGGCAUCACGUUCGCGGCCCAAGACAAGUUACCAAAGCUUCCUAUCCCGGAUCUCGAAUCAACAUGCAAGAAGUACGUCGCCUCUCUGGACCCUCUGCAGACUGCACGUGAGCACCACAACACCGAAGCCGCGAUCCAGGAGUUCCUCCGCUCUGAUGGCCCACAGCUUCAGGAGAAGCUCAAGGAUUACGCCAAAGAUAAGAGCAACUACAUUGAACAGUUUUGGUACGACAGCUACCUCAACUACGAUAACCCUGUAGUGCUUAACCUGAAUCCAUUCUUCUUGCUAGAAGACGACCCGACUCCUGCCAGGAACAAUCAGGUCACUCGUGCAGCCUCGCUAGUGGUCUCCUCGCUCUCAUUUGUGCGUGCAGUUCGUAAAGAGGAGUUGCCACCGGACACUGUGCGGGGCCAGCCGCUGGACAUGUACCAAUACUCGCGUCUCUUUGGUACCGCUCGUAUUCCUACUGAGAAUGGAUGCCAGAUCGGCCAGGACCCACAUGCCAAGCACAUUGUCGUGCUCUGUCGAGGACAGUUCUACUGGUUCGAUGUGUUGGACGACAACCACGACCUCAUCAUGACGGAGAAAGACGUGAGCAUAAAUUUGCAGGUCAUUCACGAUGACGCGGAGCAAACGCCAAUCAGCGAGUCGGCAAAGGGCGCAGUGGGGGUGCUGAGCACUGAAAACCGCAAGAUCUGGUCAAGCAUGCGAGAGCUCAUCAGCAAAGACGAGGGUUCCAACAAUGCCGAUUGUCUCAAUAUUGUCGAUUCGGCACUGUUCAUCCUGUGUCUGGAUUACACUGAGCCCAACAACAGCGCUGACUUAUGCAUGAACAUGUUGUGCGGCACAAAUCAAGUCGAGCGAGGUGUGCAGGUCGGGACCUGCACAAACAGAUGGUACGACAAGUUGCAAAUCAUUGUCUGCAAGAAUGGAAGCGCUGGGAUCAACUUCGAGCAUACUGGUGUCGAUGGUCAUACUGUGCUCCGCUUCGCGUCAGAUGUGUAUACCGACACGAUCCUGCGAUUCGCACGCACCAUCAACGGUCAAGCACCUUCCCUAUGGGCGUCGAGCUCACCAGACCCUGCAAAACGGGAUCCCCAGAGUUUUGGCGAUGUCAACACCACACCCCACAAGCUCGAAUGGGAUAUGGUGCCCGAAAUCAGUAUUGCUCUCCGCUUUGCAGAGACCCGUCUGGCCGACUUGAUCAAUCAAAAUGAGUUUCAGACAUUAGAAUUCGAACAGUACGGUAAGAAUUUCAUCACUUCAAUGGGCUUCUCUCCCGAUGCCUUUGUACAGAUGGCGUUCCAAGCAGCAUACUACGGCAUGUAUGGCCGGAUCGAAAGUGUAUAUGAGCCAGCGAUGACGAAAGCAUACUUCCAUGGCCGAACAGAAGCCAUCAGAUCUGUCACCCAAGAGAGCGUGGACUUCAUGCGCACAUUCUGGGCUGAGAAUCCCCCCAUCAAAAAAGUGGAAGCAUUAAAGAAAGCUUGCGAAAAGCACUCGGCUGCCACAAAGGACUGUGCGAAAGCUCAAGGCUUCGAUCGGCAUCUCUAUGCUCUCAUGUGCUUGUGGCAACGACAAGUCGAUGGCGAUAUGGACGUCCUAUCUGAUGACGAAGGGGCCAGUAUGAAUGGCUACAGCUCUCCCACUUCCGAUCGAGGCGAGCCCAGUAUUGCGGCAUCACCCAAGCGAAGCAGUCGUUCAAGCCAUGACUAUAGUACAUCUCCUUCUCAACCGCGUGAGCAGCCCACCAUGCCAGCCAUUUUCGCCGAUCCGGGCUGGGAUAAGAUCAACAACACGAUUCUGUCGACAUCGAACUGCGGCAAUCCUUCCCUCCGCCAUUUUGGUUUCGGGCCGACUUCCGGCGAUGGUUUCGGUAUUGGCUACAUCAUCAAGGAUAACUCCAUCUCAGUGUGCGCGAGCAGCAAGCAUCGUCAGACUCGGCGAUACAUUGCCGCCCUGGAGAGCUACUUCCUUGAGAUUCGCAAGUUGCUACGACAGACCCAUCGCAGAGGCACGACGACCGAUAAGAAUGCGAGUAGGGCACGAGAGGCUGAGAACCUUCGGCCCAAGGCGGGCCAGAGGCUGAAGAGUAGAGGACGUAUGGUUGAUGGUAACACCAAGACGCCAGAGAUCGACAGCGCACUUGUCAGUGAUGAUGACGACUUGGGUGGAUAUGGCUUCUUCGAUGCCGGUAUGCUUCUCCAAGCGCUCAAGGCGAAGGACGCCCAAGCUGGUGAGCGCCCCAGCGAGAAGGCGGCGCAGAGAAGGGGAGUGGGCAAGAAGUUGAGGUUGAUGGAGUAUUGAUGAUGCAAGGGAGCUUUGUGUGAUGUGAACAGUACCAGCAGCCACAGCAAUACUAGCGACUAGGUUGUGAACUACCUAGAUAUCUGAUUUGAUGGAGAGUUCUUCAACCCGUCCAUGGAAGCAGACAAAUGC